AUGAAGAAAGAUACUGCGGAAUAUGUGGCAGAACAACAUAAAUGUGGCGGUCUUACUCAAAUUAUUAAGGUUACAACUUGGAACCGAGAGGCCAUUAAUAUGGACUUUGUGGUUUGUCUUACGAAGACUAGGAGACAGCAUGACUCCAUAUGGGUAAUUGUGGAAAAGAUGACAAAGUCUGCCCACUUUAUGUCAGGGAUGUGUACUUACAGAGCCAAGGAUUAUGUGAGAUUCUACAUUGAUGAGAUUAAGAGCUUAGGCACCCAAGUAAAGCUUAGUACUGCCUUUCAUCCUCAGACUGAUGGGAAGGAAAAGCGCACAAUUCAGACAUUCAAGGAUAUUUUGAGAGCGUGUGUGAUUGACUUCAGAGGUAGAUGGGACGACCAUCUCCCUUUGAUAGAGUCAUAUAAUAAUAGCUAUUACCCUAGCAUUGGGAUGGCACCGUUUGAGGCGUUGUAUGGUAGAAGGUGUCGGUCUCUAGUUUGGUGGUUUGAGAUAGAUAAUGGCAAGUCUCAUGCAAUGUAUACUAAAGAAAAGAGACAUCACAGUGGUUCCAAACGAAAAAGGUUAACUCGUACCUAUUCAGCCGGUCACUGGUAUGAUCCAUCCUUCGUUUCUAAUCUUAGGGAUGAGAUGAGUAGGUUUCUGACCGGUGUUGCCGACCUUGUAAAAGAAGAGUGUCGUACGGCCAUUAUCAACAAUUACAUGAAAUUGUCCACACUCAUGGUGUGUGCUCAAUCCAUAGAGGAGUCUAAGCUUAGUAGGAUUUGUAGAAACUUGAAGAAGUGUAGACAAUGUGAUCAAAACAAACUUAGGUUCAAGAAGAGGGCUCAAAUUCAAGAAGAGCCUAGAGAUCCUAAGGUCAAACUUGAGAAGGAAGGUAAGAAAGUUCAUCCAAGUAUUUCGAGUGAUGAUGUUCCAAGGAAGAAUCACUUAUAUGCACUACGGGCUAAAGGAUCAAAGUUGAUUGAUAAAGAUGAUGUUGGAGGAGUUGGAGAAGCAGCUGCUUGGGUAAACCAAGCUCCUCCUCAAGCUCCAGUUGCUGGAGUCCAAGUUCCUAUCAACAGCUGUGUUGACAAAUGA